UCUGUGUUUCAUUGAAAGUAUUCGCGUCCUAGUGGAUUUGCCAUAUACUUUAAAAGUUUGUAUUAUAUGAAAUAUUACAAAACGAUAUAGUGGAGUGAAAAUGCCUAUAAAAGUGUACACGAAAACCAAAGAGGAACCAGUGUUGAACCUGGUCACUCGGGAGGAGUGGGAAGGAAAACCACCGCUUCCUAACGGUCCUCAGCUGGAACAUCCCAUCAGCAUUGUCAGGUACUCACACACAUACACGUUUGAGUGUUUCAACCAGGUGGACUGUAGCAGGUGGAUGCGACGGAUCCAGAGAGCGCACAUGGAACAGAACAAAGUGGAUAUACAGUUCAACUUCUUGAUCGGCUCCGACGAGCGCAUCUACGAGGGAGCUGGCUGGUACGCCGACUGUUGGAAACCUCCUGAACUACGGCACCUCCACAAGAAAUGUCUGGAUAUAGCUUACCUGGGAAAUUACACUAUUUCAUAUCCAGAGAAGGAGCUUCAAGAUCUAGCCAAGAAGAUAAUCGACUACGGGGUAUUCCACAACUAUAUGACUCCUAGAGUGAAGAUACUGAGGAUAACAGACCCCGACUGUACAAUUAUUGAUAACUAAUUGCUCUGUUAAUAUGUUCUAUUAAUAAACACUA